CCGGGGACAUGUCCAACCAAGGGGCCCGGCGGAACGGGCCCGUCAAGCUGCGACUGACAGUACUGUGUGCAAAAAACUUGGUGAAAAAGGAUUUUUUCCGACUUCCUGAUCCAUUUGCUAAGGUUGUGGUGGACGGAUCUGGCCAAUGCCAUUCUACAGAUACUGUGAAGAAUACACUUGAUCCAAAAUGGAAUCAGCAUUAUGACCUAUAUAUUGGGAAGUCGGAUUCAAUAACAAUCAGUGUGUGGAAUCACAAGAAAAUUCAUAAAAAGCAGGGAGCUGGUUUUCUGGGUUGUGUGAGACUUCUUUCAAACGCAAUCAACCGCCUUAAAGACACUGGUUAUCAGAGACUGGAUCUGUGCAAGCUUGGGCCAAAUGACAAUGAUACUGUUAGAGGACAGAUAGUAGUAAGUCUUCAGUCCAGAGACCGGAUAGGCACAGGAGGACAAGUUGUGGAUUGCAGUCGAUUAUUUGAUAAUGAUUUACCAGAUGGGUGGGAGGAGCGGAGGACUGCUUCUGGAAGGAUCCAGUAUUUAAAUCAUAUUACACGAACAACUCAGUGGGAGCGACCAACACGGCCAGCAUCUGAAUACUCCAGUCCAGGCAGACCCCUGAGCUGUUUUGUGGACGAGAACACUCCAAUUACAGGAACGAACGGUGCGACCUGCGGACAGUCAUCGGAUCCCCGGCUGGCGGAAAGGAGAGUCAGGUCACAGAGGCACAGAAAUUACAUGAGCAGGACACACUUACACACUCCUCCCGAUUUACCUGAAGGAUAUGAGCAAAGGACGACUCAGCAAGGUCAGGUCUAUUUUCUGCAUACUCAGACUGGUGUUAGCACGUGGCAUGAUCCAAGAGUACCUAGGGAUCUUAGCAACAUCAAUUGUGAAGAGCUUGGUCCACUGCCUCCUGGAUGGGAGAUCCGAAAUACAGCAACAGGCAGAGUUUAUUUUGUUGACCAUAACAACAGGACAACGCAGUUUACAGAUCCACGGCUAUCUGCUAACUUGCAUUUAGUCUUGAACCGCCAGAAUCAACUUAAAGAUCAGCAACACCAGCAGCAGCAGCAGGUAGUGUCCCUGUGUCAGCUUCCAGAUGAGGCAGAGUGUCUGACUGUGCCAAGGUACAAGCGAGACCUAGUGCAGAAACUCAAGAUCCUGAGGCAAGAGCUGUCACAGCAGCAACCUCAAGCUGGCCAUUGUCGUAUUGAGGUCUCCAGGGAAGAGAUUUUUGAGGAAUCCUACAGGCAAGUCAUGAAGAUGAGGCCAAAAGAUCUGUGGAAACGAUUAAUGAUAAAAUUUCGUGGGGAGGAAGGCCUUGAUUAUGGAGGUGUUGCCAGGGAGUGGCUCUACCUAUUGUCACAUGAAAUGUUGAAUCCAUAUUAUGGUCUCUUCCAAUAUUCCCGAGAUGAUAUCUAUACACUGCAAAUCAACCCAGACUCUGCAGUCAACCCGGAACACUUAUCGUAUUUCCAUUUUGUUGGACGGAUAAUGGGGAUGGCUGUGUUUCACGGACACUAUAUUGAUGGGGGCUUCACGCUGCCUUUCUAUAAGCAGUUGCUAGGGAAGCCAAUUACUUUGGAUGAUAUGGAAUUGGUUGACCCUGAUCUUCAUAACAGCUUAGUCUGGAUACUUGAGAAUGAUAUCACAGGAGUCUUGGACCAUACGUUUUGUGUAGAACACAAUGCAUACGGGGAAAUUAUUCAACAUGAACUGAAACCCAAUGGCAAAAGCAUCCCCGUGACAGAGGAAAACAAAAAGGAAUAUGUCAGACUUUAUGUAAACUGGCGAUUUUUACGAGGAAUUGAAGCUCAGUUUCUGGCUCUGCAGAAGGGAUUUAAUGAAGUAAUCCCACAACAUCUGCUGAAGACAUUUGAUGAGAAAGAGUUAGAGCUCAUCAUUUGUGGACUGGGAAAAAUUGAUGUUAAUGACUGGAAGGCAAAUACUAGGUUAAAACACUGUACCCCAGACAGCAACAUCGUGAAAUGGUUCUGGAAAGCUGUGGAGUUUUUUGAUGAAGAGAGGAGAGCGCGACUUCUCCAGUUUGUGACUGGCUCAUCCAGAGUGCCUCUGCAGGGCUUCAAGGCAUUGCAAGGUGCUGCAGGCCCACGACUAUUUACAAUACACCAGAUUGAUGCCAGCACUAAUAAUUUGCCAAAAGCUCAUACCUGCUUUAACCGAAUAGACAUUCCUCCUUACGAAAGCUAUGACAAGCUAUACGAGAAGCUGCUAACUGCCAUUGAAGAAACAUGUGGGUUUGCUGUGGAAUGACCCUUCACAGGCUUACCUGAGACUCUAUUUAUAUUCCUGUCAGCCAGAAAGCCCUUCCCUCAGCCAAGACUCAAGAAAUGCUUGAAAUACAGGAAACUUUCCCUUUUCUACACUAGGACACUGGGAGGGAAAGGACAACU